UUAAGACAAGGAGUGAAACCGUAUUUGUAUUGAAUUCACUGGUGAGGUUACAUGAAUCGCUAGAGUUUUUUUGUUUGUGCUAUGUUGUUUUGAUCCCCGCCGAGGAAUCAGAUAUUGUUUUUGAUCCCCGCAGAGGAAUCACAUAUAUUGUUUUUUAAUCGAAGAGGGAAAAAGUGUGCCAUCAUCUGUUGUUGGCAUAUCGAGCUCCGUGGGAGGCGUUAAUUUGUUUCUUUCUAAGCAGCGCUAGUUUAGCUUUACCUAGAUAGAAAAAGAUAGAAACAAUGCCGAAAGGUAAAGGCAGAAAGAAGGCAGAGAAGGAGGAAAAAGAUAGCAAUCAAAGUCCCAAUGCAUCCGAACCAAUUGAACAAGAUUCUUUUGAAGUGGAGGUUAGAGAGAUUGAUAUUUAUUAAAUUAGCGAGACUGUCUAGAUUCUUCAACGACAGACAUGAUUUGCAAGGAACCGAAGAAAAACUUCGCAUAACAUAUGCGAUAACGAUGGACCCCCAAACUAAACGCUGGCCAAAGGAAUCGAUCUGGAUGGUUUUCAAAGACUGGGUCAAGAAGACUAGACGAAGUGAACCAGUUGGGUUGUUACUAUUGUCUCAGUGUAAGCGCUACUUUAUCAAGCAUGUCAGCAACAAAAAGAGAGAUGAAUUGGAAAAGACAACUGCUCACUAUGAAGAUGCUUUGGAGAAAAAAGGAGAGCAAAUCAAACUGCUUGCCGAUGAAAAUCGUUUGUUAAAGGAUGAAAUGACUCGGGAGAGAGAGCAGAGGAAGUUGACAGACCUACACACGACGCUAGUCAGACAAGGAGUGAUAGCGGCCCACCCCCUCGACUCAGGGCCCCCAAGGGGGGGUGACCAAGGCAACGGAGGAGGAACCUUGGGAGUCUAUGGUCGCAUGUACCCCACACUGCCAUUGUGUGGCCCAGAAGGGGAAUACGUCUUCCCGAUGCCAUCGACGCCAUCUGGUGGUUUACAGGAGUCACGACACAGUGUUCUCUCAGACGUCAACAGCUUUAUAGGUGAGUACCCGGUCAUCUGCAGUACCCCCCACGUGCCACGGAAGGGAAAUCCAUCUGCCCCACCUGACUAUGAAUUUCAACAUCCGAACCCCCCAACACAACAACCCCCCGAGGUGAGGCCUGGAGCAGUGACUAAGAAUGAAUCACGCAUUGGAGGAUUUGAUGACAACAUACAACCACACUGCAGCGUGAUGGGAGGCGCAGCCACACCACACAUGAAGACCAAAGAUGAGAAAGACAAAAUAGUUAACCUCAGGCCCUUGAAGAAGAUAGAAAGCGCAGAGGGACGCACAAUCCUCUAUGAACCCUCCAACCCGAAGGACAUCGAAAAAUGGAGUGCGGAAAUAGACCACCCAAGGAGAGCAGGCCUACAGCCAUGGAUGAAAUUGAAACAACUGAUGCUUCUGUUCGAACUCCACCCUACGAUGGCCUUGCUAUAUUGUUCAAACACCUGAGCAGCACUGAGCGCACCCAGAUUCGAUACGAGGUGGAAGAUGCCAUAGGAGAAGACGGCAUGAGACCAGAGAAGGGAUGGGAGGCCAUAAAGGCGUGGAUCCAAAAGCACUCCAGGGCACAAGUCAACUGGACAACAAUCACUCGUUGUAUGUAGAAGGAAGACGAGGGUCUGGACCAGUUCAACGAGCGCUUCUUCGAAUGUUAUUUGCUGCACUCAGGCCAAACUGAAUAUGAUAUGGACAACAUCGACCAGUCACAGGACUUGCCUUUGAAGACCAUGUAUCUCCAGCAGGUACUGCCGGAGAUCCGAAGGGGAGUAAAGGCAAGGCUUCCCAGCUGGGACAGCACUAACUGCACGAUGGCAGAGGUCAAGGAGUUCGGAGAAAAGGUGGAUCAAGAUGAAGAAGUCAGGAUUCGAUUCCUGGCUGACGAGAAGAAGGAAAUGGCCAGGGAACGAGAAAGAUUCCCCCAGUCCAACAGGGAUAGAGGACGAUUCCCCCAGUCAGACAGACAGAAAGAACCUCGACCAUGCCACAACUGCGGACAAAUUGGACACUGGCAGAGAGAAUGUAAAGCCCCUCGGAAGAUGUACCGUGACCGCUCCAACGAGAGAGUAGGGGAAGAAAACCGCUCAGACAAAAUGAAGGAACUAUGUAAGAAAUUACAAUGGCAGAGUGCUGAAGAACUCAGCCGCAUAUGCGAUUCAAUGUCGGAAACCAACAAUAACACCGACUUGGAAUGACACUCGUUCGAUUUGGCACGCAAAAUGACUGAUACGGGGUGAAGAGUAGGGAGUGUUUGUUAUUUUCAUUCCUUUAUUUUCACGAGAGGUUAAUCUUCGAAAGAUGCUAGGACUUUUGUCACCUUUGUCGCCUAUCUAAUUGAGAAUUCAUGUUGGUUCCUUCUUGACACAACUGCUCAGCUUUAGAACAUUUUUAUUGGUUUUGUUUUAUUUUUGAACAAAGGUUCAAUCAUUCAUUCAUUCACACAAGGUUUAUUGAGAACUAUGAUGACUGAUUACUGAUUACUGAUAUAACCAUUUUCGAAUCAAGCGAUUAAUUUUUUGUAUGAUCAUUUUUCAUUGUUUAUCGAAUCAUUAAGGCAAUUACAAACCAUAGUUGAUUAUUAUUACUGUUGGAGGCUGUGACAAUGCCUCCCCCAUGACUGAUACUGCACUUUUUCUUUGUUUCAUGGUUCAUCGCACCUGGGAGAUCCAGGAGACACGGACACUUGUUGAGUCCUUGGGAUGAGUCCUUGAACUGAACUGUGUCUGUGUUUGUCCUGACGCCCUACUACGAACUUUCAUCCUCAUCCCCCAUCACACCUGCGGUGGCCAUCAACUGGAAAAGAACUC